AUGUCCCUCAAAGAUUAUCGCCUUCUCUGCUUCGAUGUCUACGGCACUCUAAUAGACUGGGAAGGCGGCAUCCUUACUGCUCUCCAACCACUCCUGUCCAACGCAACGGCCCAAUUCACCCGGGAACACCUCUUGACAGUCUUCCACGAGUUAGAAAGUACCCAGCAAAAAGCAACCCCCGAAAUGCCCUACUCAACGCUCCUAGCAACCGUCCACCCACUCCUUGCCACCCGCCUCGGACUCAACCCCCCAAGCCAAGAAGAAAGCCAACACUUCGGCGACACGGUGGGAACAUGGCCCGCCUUCCCAGACACCGUAGACGCCCUGCACCGUCUAUCUAAGCAUUACAAGCUUGUCGUCCUCUCCAACGUCGACCGGGCCUCGUUUGCUGAAUCCAAUCGCGGGAGUUUACAGGGUGUACCAUUUGACAUGGUGAUCACGGCACAAGAUAUCGGCAGUUACAAGCCCGAUCUACGCAACUUCGAGUAUAUGCUCGCGGCCGUGGAAAAAGAGUUUGGAAUUCGUCCCGCAGAAGUGUUGCAGACUGCCCAGAGUCAGUUCCAUGAUCAUCAGCCUGCAAGGAGGGUGGGGAUUCGCUCGGUUUGGAUUGAGAGGCCCGGGGCUACGAUGGGGAAUCUGGGGGAACCGAUUUUUGAUUGGCGGUUUGGGACUCUUGGGGAGAUGGCCGAUGCUCUAGAGGGAGUUUGA